AUGCUCCCUCGGGAAUCCUUCACUAUAGGAUGGAUCUGCGCCCUUUUAGAGGAAUACGAAGCCGCAUGUGUAAUGCUUGACGAAGAACUCGAGGGCCCCGAUCUGGCCGAACCAGACGACAGCAACACGUACUGCUUCGGCCGCAUUGGCGAGCACCGCAUCGUCAUCGGAUGCCUCCCGUCCGGCCGCUACGGGACCAGCUCGGCCGCCCGCGUCGCGCAGGACAUGAGGCGCUCCUUUCCCCGGCUUCGCUUCGGGUUGAUGGUCGGCAUAGGAGGCGGCGCACCAACCUCAGAGCACGACAUCCGACUCGGAGACGUCGUCGUCAGCGUACCCAACGGGACGCUCGGGGGGGUUGUCCAGUUUGAUCUGGGGAAGCGGGUGGAUGGAGAGUUCCAGCGGGUUGGCCAUCUGAAUGCUCCUCCGACGGAACUGCUCGGGGCGCUGCCAGAGGUCAAGCGAAGGCACAACUACCCCGGCAAGUACGGAGGCGUCGACGAGCACCUGAGGAGAUUCGAUGACGACCCUCGCUUUCAUCGACCGGACCUGGACCGUCUCUUCCGCACAGAAAGCAAGCACUCGGGCGGCAAAACCUGCGCGGAUUGCGAUCCAGACGGCGUCGUGGACCGCCAGCCUCGCGCCGCCUCUGCCAGAGCCAUCGAGGUCUUUUACGGCACAAUUGCCUCUUCAAACUCUGUCAUGAAGGACGCUGUCCAGCGGGACACGUACGCUCACGAUCCGGAGCUGAACGUGCUCUGUUUCGAGAUGGAGGCCGCCGGCCUCAUGAACGACUUUCCGUGCCUUGUGAUUCGGGGCAUCUGCGAUUACUCGGACAUGCAUAAGAACGAUGACUGGCAUUAUUAUGCGGCGGCCACGGCGGCGGCGUAUGCGCGGGAGCUUUUGUGUGUGAUUAAGCCUACGAGGGUAGCACAGAUGCGAGAGUGGGUGGUGCGGUGGAAUGUUUAG